GGAGGGGCCUACCUGCUCCCAGGUGAUUUCAUUCAGCCUGACCGCAGGAGUUGGAGGCCUGAGGUUCAGAGGACACCAUGCUGCUUCGGCUCUCUCUGCUGCUUCUGUUGGCUCUGGCGAUGAGAAAUGGGAAUUCUGGUCAUUUGAAAGAAGUCAAAAAAGCUCCACAUCUCAAAGAAGAACUGAAGAAGAAACACGACCCAGAGACCCUGGAAGAGUUACUAAAUGAAGAUCAUGCCUUGGUGGAGGGAGACCUUUUGUUGGGGAACAACCGGAAUGUGGUGGGGAAUCGCUGGCCGACGCCGUCCAUCCCGUACGACAUCAGCUCAGAAAUUGACGGUCGGACCAGUGACAUCAUGGCUGCCAUGGCGAUGGUGUCCAAACACACCUGCGUGUCCUUUCACAGGAAAAACGGCAGCGAGUCAGACUACCUGUUCUUCAGAAUCGGUCACGGAUGUGCGUCCUUCGUGGGCUACCGAGGCGGGAAGCAGGAGGUGUUUCUGGCGCCCGAGUGCUCUGUGGGGAACAUCGCCCAUGAGAUCCUGCACACGCUGGGCUUCCAGCACGAACACACCAGGCUGGACCGCGAGAAGUACAUCACCAUUCUCCCCGAAAACAUCAUAUCUGGGAUGGAGAACAACUUCCGGACGUAUAACGGUGAGACCUUUGAUCUGCAGUACGACUACACGUCCAUCAUGCACUACGGACGGAAAUUCUUCUCCUCGAACGGCGAGCCCACCAUCGUCCCAAACAGGAAUGUGGAGGACAUGGGACAGAGGAAGAUGCUGACGCCGUCGGACAUCCAGAGGGUUCGGCAUCUUUAUGGCUGCGAUUCCCUGAAAGGAGAAAAAAGCUGAGCUGUGCAGUUCGCUGAACCACCUGCAGGAGGCGCAGUUACACCAGUUCUGAUGUGCUACAGAACUUGAGUGGAGUUCAUGCUGAUAAAUUAAAAUUUUAGACACUUCA